AUGCAUCCUCUUGUACAUUCACCAACACAAACAACUUUGAAAUCAAAGUGGCACAGCUUCAAGACAUGGUUCACACCUGAUUUAACAAAGAGACGUCCAUCGCAAUGCAGCACAACAUCUACCACAUCUACGGCAUCCACAAACAGCACAGCAAUGAGCUGCUGCUGCCACCAGGAAGACUCGCUAUUUAUACCAUCGCACACCAAGAGACCAUCAUUGACCGGAUCAGAAGGGCUUGGCAUUGUAGUCGAUAAAUGCAUGUCUCCAUUUCGCAGAAGACCUUCCAAUGCUUCAUCCGAACUGUCCAUGGUAAACACACAAAAGGAGAUUGAGAAAGUGUAUGAACUGUACAGCUUGGCAAUGGAUGAGCUGAAUUAUGCAGAAGAUUCAAGAGGAUCGCCGUACUAUUCAGGUGAUCGGAUUGCAGCCAGAGAAGCCAUUGAAAACUGCGAAAAGUCAUAUUCACUCUUUCUGGUGCAGACAGAACAGCAGAACGAUGACCACCUGAAAUCUACCAUUGGGUUCAAAAUAUCAACCCUAAGAUCAAAAUAUGAAUCUCUGCCAUUACAAGAUGACCCACCAUCGUUUUAA